ACGUGAUGACGUCGGAUGUAUAUGAGCGCAGGCGGCGGGAUCUCUCUCCCCUUUUACCGCCAUCGGAGCGGACUCUCUUUCUUCCCCGGGACCUCUUCACUGCGCAGCGCCGCCACACCAGCCCAGCCUCCGGACACACAGCGAAGCAUCACUCGAGACUCAGCUAAGAUGGCAGACAUCGACAACAAAGACCAGGCUGAGAUGGACCCAGCAGAUAUGGAGGACGUGGAGGAAGUGGAAGAGGAGGAGACGGGGGAAGACGAAAACAGCAAAGCUCGUCAGCUGACCGUGCAGAUGAUGCAGAAUCCACAGAUCCUGGCAGCGCUGCAGGAGAGGCUGGAUGGUCUGAACGGCUCACCGUCGGGGUACAUGGAGAGUUUACCAAAGGUUGUGAAGAGACGUGUGAAUGCCCUCAAGAACCUGCAGGUCAAAUGUGCCCACAUCGAGGCCAAGUUCUACGAAGAAGUACACGAGCUGGAGAGAAAGUACGCUGCCCUCUACCAGCCCCUCUUCGACAAAAGAAGCGACAUAGUGAAAGCAGCAUACGAGCCCACAGACGAGGAGUGUGAAUGGAAGGCAGAUGAAGAGGAAGAGCUGACAGUAAGUAAGCAGGAUGAGAUGAAGGAGAAGGCCAAGCUAGAGGAGGAGAAGAAAGACGAGGAGAAGGAAGAUCCCAAAGGCAUCCCAGAGUUCUGGUUAACAGUGUUCAAGAACGUGGAUCUGCUCAGUGACAUGCUGCAGGAACACGAUGAACCAAUCCUUAAACAUUUACAAGAUAUUAAAGUAAAGUUCUCAGACCCAGGACAGCCCAUGAGCUUCACGUUAGAGUUCCACUUCGAGCCCAACGACUUCUUCACAAACACAGUGUUGACGAAAACCUACAAGAUGAGGUCAGAGCCGGACGAGAGCGACCCCUUCUCCUUCGAUGGACCAGAGAUCAUGUCCUGCGCAGGUUGCACGAUCGACUGGACGAAGGGCAAGAACGUCACGUUGAAAACAAUCAAGAAGAAACAGAAGCACAAGGGCCGCGGCACAGUGAGGACGGUCACCAAAACAGUCCCCAACGACUCCUUCUUCAACUUCUUCACCCCACCAGAGGUUCCAGAAAACGGAGAGUUGGAUGAAGACUCGGAGGCGGUCCUGGCUGCAGACUUUGAAAUCGGCCACUUCAUCCGUGAGCGGAUCGUUCCUCGAGCUGUGCUCUACUUCACAGGAGAGGCCAUCGAGGACGAUGACGAUGAUUACGAUGAAGAGGGAGAGGAGGCAGAUGAUGAGGAAGGUGAGGAGGAGGCUGAUGAGGAGAACGACCCUGACUACGAUCCCAAGAAGGAUGCAGCCCCCCCAGCUGAGUGUAAGCAGCAGUGAAGCCCGGCCCGGCUGCCUUGAGGAUCAACUGCACUGUAACAGCUUCAAAAAUUACAACAAAAAAACAGAUUAAAAAAAUAGUUACUUACCGCCUUAUAAUGUUUUGUAUUUUUCUUGGUAGAGAAUUUGAAGAAAAAAAAAGUUUCAAGAUUUUUGUUACAAAAACUCAUGGUAAUAUACUGAGAGCUGUGUCGCUCGCUAUACAUAGUAUUUUACUAGACCUGUUUUUCCUUCUCUUCCUCCUUCUCUGUACAAUAACUAGAUAGAAUACAGGAAAAAAAAACUCCCUCAAACAGCAUGAACUUGUUUCUUCACUGCUAAAAAAAUAGUUUGGGUUCUUGUGAAGUCUUUUGUUGUAUUUGCUCUUAGACAACAGCUGUGGUUUAGACUGCAUCGUGUCAAUUCAUAAUAAUCCCUCCCUCCUCCUCUCCCUCUUUGUCCUCCUACCAAAGCUCCGGGUUGAUCUGUUCUGGUUGUGUUUUAACUCUUAGCGGGGCCUUUAAGCACUUGUGAAAGCACUGUAGCAUUUCCAGGUCGAGUGACGGAGGAGAGACAGACGGGUGACCUGCCGCCAGUCGUCUAUUCCACUAUCUAAUCUUGCUGAGCAUGGGAUCUGGAGUUGGUGUUUUUGGCCACUUCCUGCAGCACUUGUGCUCAAAUACUUUCCGCUCUUGAUACAUUCCAGUAAGCAGACUGGCUGGCUCUGUUGUUAUGGAUCCACUUCUCUAUAACUGGACGUUUAAAUUGACAGUCAAAGGAUUUUAACGCUCCCGGGGCUUUGGCACAGCCUGGUCGAGUCUCUUUAACAUUCCGAAAAAAGCAGGUCGACAAAACGGUAACUUAGUGCUUCAGGCUCCUCGUAGGCUCGCAGUGGCAUUGCUGUCGUCUUUUAUAGCACCUUGUACUAGCGCGUGGUGUACCAGUGGCGUCCUGUCAUCGGUUGGCUGUCUGAGUAUUCCUUGUGAGCAGCACUUUUGUUUCACGCCCCCUUGUGUAAGGGGGGGGGGCGGGGCUGUAACUGCGCUCUGUGGAGAGGUCAACUUGUGCUCCCUGGUUUUUGAAGCAGCGGACGCACACUUGGCCUGUUCAGAGAGGCUUCAGAGGGCAGAUGUAGCACAGCAGAGACGAGGAAAAACAGAACCCCCCGUAUUAUCAGUUUACCUCUCAUGUCGUCAGUGUGACUCACAUGGACCCCCGACGGUCUCACUCAUUAUUAAUCACUGUGAAAGAAAGAGAGGGGGUGUGUGAUAAGGCCAUCAUGUUGGCCAAUGACCCACCACCCUUCCUAAACCCAAAACCCCUCUUCCUCUGUUACCCAGAAGGCCACAGAGAAGCAUGUCAGAGCAAUACUUAACGCCAGGAGGGGGACCGAGAAGAAACCGUAGCCUGCCCUCCUCCCUCCCUGUCCAUCCUUCAAUGCCUUUUUGUUUUAAGUCUUGAACACAGCCACGUGUUGGUUGUCCACAGUGGAGAGCAGGGUACUUCUCAUUCUGCAGGGAGUAUUCACAUCAUGUUCAUUGGAGAAAAAAAAAAAGGACGAGAGGGUUUCUGUCGGGUCCUUCUGAGCAGCUGUUGUCAAGGCAAAAUGCUAUGCUACAAAAAUACUAAUGUACUCAAUAACUGUACGUGUAUGUUCAUGAAUAAAUUGGUUAAACAUG